CUCUCUAUGCUCCCGAGAUGGAGGGAGCGUCUCUCUUCCCCCGAAGCGAGCCGGGAACCGGUGGCAAAAUGGCUGCGGCUCAGAGCUCGCCGGUGUGUAUCCUGGUGUUGGGCAUGGCCGGUUCAGGCAAGACGGCGCUCGUGCAGAGGCUCACUGCCUACCUGCACAGCAAGAAUUCCCCUCCGUAUGUCAUCAAUUUGGACCCUGCAGUGCAUGAGCUCCCCUUCCCAGCAAAUAUUGAUAUUCGAGACACUGUGAAGUACAAAGAAGUCAUGAAGCAAUACGGAUUGGGGCCAAAUGGUGGCAUCGUGACAUCCCUCAAUCUUUUUGCUACAAGAUUCGAUCAGGUGAUGAAAUUUAUUGAAAAGCGGCAGAGUGCAUCUCAGUAUGUCCUGAUUGACACACCUGGGCAAAUUGAGGUGUUCACCUGGUCAGCCUCAGGCACCAUCAUCACUGAAGCCUUGGCAUCCUCGUUCCCAUCCCUGGUGGUUUAUGUGAUGGACACCUCUCGCAGCACCAAUCCAGUUACUUUCAUGUCCAACAUGCUGUAUGCUUGCAGUAUCCUGUACAAAACAAAGCUCCCAUUCAUUGUGGCCAUGAACAAGACGGACAUCAUUGACCAUAGCUUUGCAGUGGAAUGGAUGCAGGACUUUGAGGUCUUCCAAGAUGCUCUCAGCCAGGAAACAAGCUAUGCCAGUAAUUUGACCCGCUCCAUGAGCUUGGUGUUGGAUGAGUUCUAUAGCUCGCUCAAGGUGGUGGGUGUUUCUGCUGUCCAGGGAACCGGGCUGGAGGAAUUUUUUGAACAAGUGUCCAAAGCUGUCGAUGAAUAUGAAAGAGAAUACCGCCCAGAAUAUGAACGCCUAAGGAAAAAAAUGGAAAGAGCUCAGAGCCAGCGGCAGCGUGAACAGCUGGACCGUUUGCGACGGGAUAUGGGCCCUGUUCCUAUGGAGAACAGCUCAGCUGGGUCAGGCUCAGUGGCUGAGUCUGAGUCAGACCCUUCGGCACUGAUCCUGACGCGAGGAACUUUGGAGGAAGAGGAGGACGAGGCCCUAGAAAGUGAUACGGACGACAUUGACCAUCAAGUGACGGAGGAAAGUCAUGAAGAACCAGCUUUCAGAAACUUCUUACAGGAAGCCAAACAGCGCUAUCCAGCUAGAAGCAGCCACUAGAGGAAGAGGAUGCCAGAAUGGGUGGAUUCAAGAACAUGAGGAUGCUGCAAAGCAAAAUUGGCCGUUCCCUCCCCCUCCCCUCCGCAACAGACCCAAGAGGCAGCGUUGGCCUCAAGAGCAAUGCUCUGCUGGUUUCACAGGACUGACUUCAAGAUUUUUCUCUUUAGAGAAGAAGCUGAGCCCAGACACUUGGGCAUUCAGCACAGUUUCCCUUUCCCAGCCCUUAUCUUCCUUUGGACAGGUGGUUUUCCCUUUGUUCGUGGGAGGACGACAAAAGGCUCCCUGUCCAGCAGGCUCAUAUAAAGCCCAACCAGGGUUUUGACAAACAUUCAGGAACUGUGUGUGCCUGUCUGCUUAGGUCACAUGACAGGAAUCCCUUGUGUGGUGGUUUUGUUUUUGUUUCGUAACUUAUCAUUAUAAAAUGUAUAUUUUCCUAUUAAGCAUU